CAAAGCCUCCUUUCCCAGGUAAGCAUGAGAUUUGCAUGGAGGUGCCAAGACUGAGUUGCAUUCAAGAAGAUGCCCAACUCUUCCUGGAGUGCCAGCUCCUCUCUGCUGCUGCUGUGUGAAGAGUCCUCAGGGACCAGGAUCUCUUUGUCUCUUCUGUACUCCUUGUUAGCCAUAUCAGGGACCUUAUCCAAUGUGAUGGUCAUUUAUUUAGUCUUCUCCUUCAAGAAGCUACAGACCACCAGCAAUGCUUUCAUUGUGAAUGGCUGUGCCGCUGACCUGAGCGUCUGUGCCCUCUGGAUGCCACAGGAGGCGGUGCUGUGGCUGCUACCACCAAACUCCCCUUCUGCCCACUCAACAGGAUACAGGCUGCUCCGGGGGGCGCUCCUGGGCCUUGGCCUCACUGUCUCCCUGGUCUCCCACCUUCUGGUAGCUCUCAACAGGUAUGUACUCAUCACUAAAGCACCUAGUACUUACCAAGCAAUCUACCAGCGGAGACAUGUAGGGUGGAUGAUUGGACUGUCCUGGGGCCUUGCCUUGCUCUUGGUCUUGCUGCUGCCCAGGCUUUGGACACAGUGGCCUUCACAGCAGUCACCCCAGGGGGACACUAGCAGCAGUGUGCACUAUACUGCUCUGCUGGUACCUCUGGCCAUGCUCAGCCAGACGGCACUGCUGCUCCACUGCUACCUUGGCAUUGUGAGGCGUGUACGGGGCAGUGUCAAACGGGUCAGUGUUCUCAACUUCCACCUUCUGCACCAGCUGCCCUUCCCUGCUGCCCCACAGCCGCCACGCCGGGCACAGCGACGCCUCAGCAGCAUCUCUGUGCUGCUCCUCUGCUGUGUCUUCCUCCUGGACACCCAGCCCCUGGUGUGGGUGAGCCUGCUGGACUUCUUCCUGCAGCCCAUGCCCCGGGCACUGCAAGCGACCAGCUGGCUGCUGCUCUGCUCACUGUCAGCAUUCAACCCACUGCUUUAUACCUGGAAGAACGAGGAGUUCAGGCGCUCCGUGCGCUCAGUGUUGCCGGGAGGAGACGCACCAGCUGUAACUGUAGCUGUGGCAGCAGCAGCCACCACUCUCCCCACGGUGUCCCUUCCCUCCCAGGAGCUGCCACAGCUGAGUGCCAGGGUGAAGAGCAUGGGUAACCUCAUGCUUCACUGAUCCACUUGGGGAAACAUAUGGCUCCCCUGGCAAGAUUUGACAAGUUGCUGAAACAUGUAGGAGGCAUACAAGUGCAAAUGACUCACUGAACCACAGAGCAAAAUCCUCCCCUGAGGGAGAGACUUUGGAUGCUGCUUCACAGAUGCUGCCGGGCUAAAAUGUAUAUCCAACUGAUUUCCUUCCCCGUGGCAUGUAUGUGGCCUGGAAAAGCUGAUGGGGUUGGAUACUUCUGAGGACCCUGUUGCUCUCCAGGUCCUCGGUUUCCCCUCUGCUUUCCUCUCAGCUCGUACACUGCCAACUGAGGUUCCUUCACAGGAGUAGAAUGCUUGUGUCUGGGGGUUACAACCACUGCGGUGUAAAAAUGUUGCCAUGGAGACUCCUUUAGAGAGGUUGUGGACCUGGGGCUGCUCAGCCCUCCUCACAGGAAGGUGGCGCUUGGAUGUGGGUGAUUCAGAAGCUAUUUUACAAUGGGGCUUGGGAUGCUAAAUAAGCAUCUGGGAACUGCCUUGGCAGUCCCACCCCACUUCCAGCUCUCCAUUCCCACUGCC